UGUUUUGCAAGUGGUUUUUUUCUCAUGUGUUGAAAAGUUCAUACGCGACCAAAGUAAUCAAUCUUACAAAAACUGGAAAAAGGAGAGGGGAAACCUGAUUUUUUGUUGUAUUUAUAAGCAACCUUGAGAAAGCGAUCGUUCCUGCCAUUUCAACCUCCUCCUCGACUCGUCGUUCUCGCUCCUCUUCCUCACUGUUCGUCUCUUGCCACAACACCACUACUGCUAACACACACCAAACACCAGACCAAGAAGGAGAAAAAAAGAAUUUUGAUUGCAGUAGAAUACUAGUUUGAUCUCUCCUUGUUCGAGGUCAGUGCGCCGGGCAAUAAUGGUGGCCGUGGAGGCUGCGGCGGCGGCGGCGGCGGCGGCGGUGGAGGGCCCGAUCCGGGCGGAGGCCAAGGUGGCGGUGGCGCCGGAGGUUGAGGCCAAGGUGGAGGUGGAGGUGAAGGGUGAUGCCCCGGCGGCGGGGGUGGAGGAGGAGGAGAGGGAGUACAAGAGCGACAUGAGGAAACUGGAGGAGCUCAUGUCCAAGCUCAACCCCUGCGCGCAGGAGUUCGUGCCGUCGUCGCACCGCGCGGCGCCGGCGGCGAAGACGGGGGGAGGGGUGCUCUCCGCCGACGCGCCGGUGUUUGUGUCCGCCGCCGAGCACUUCGGCGCCGGCGGCGGACACCUGCAGAAGGGCGGCAACGGCGGUGGGAGCAGGGACUCCAGCAGCGACGGAUCCAGCAACGGCGGCGGCGGCCACCCGCUGAAUCGCCGGAGAAGGAAUAGCUUCAACCAGGGGAGGUGGCGGAUGGGAGGCAGACCGCGGCGGGCUGAUAGGGAGGAUAGUGUUCGGCGUACUGUCUAUGUCUCUGACAUUGAUCAGCAUGUGACCGAACAGAAGCUUGCUGAAGUGUUCUCCACCUGUGGACAAGUGGUAGAUUGCCGUAUCUGUGGUGACCCACAUUCAGUCCUGCGUUUUGCCUUCAUUGAGUUUGCUGAUGAUGCUGGUGCAAGAGCAGCACUAACACUUGGGGGAACCAUGCUUGGUUUUUAUCCUGUUAGAGUUUUACCUUCUAAGACAGCGAUUCUGCCUGUGAACCCUAAAUUUCUUCCUCGGACGGAAGAUGAGAAAGAACUUGUCUCCAGGACUGUAUAUUGUACUAACAUAGAUAAGAAGGUUACAGAGGAUGAUGUGAAGAUUUUCUUUCAGAGUGUGUGUGGGAAGGUUUCUCGGCUGAGGCUCCUUGGUGACUACGUGCACUCCACAUGCAUUGCUUUUGUUGAAUUUGCUCAAGCAGAAAGUGCAAUUCUAGCCCUGAAUUUCAGUGGCAUGAUGCUUGGCUCGCUCCCUAUCAGGGUGAGCCCUUCCAAGACUCCAGUCCGUCCGUGGUCCCCUCGCGUGAUGUCCAACUGAGCCCGUACCCGUUCCAAGCCGUCGUCCUUGAGUGCCCCAGUACCUAGUCGUCGUAGGAAGCCAACUUGCUGCUAAUAUUCUUCUGUCGGAGACCCAUCUCUGUUUCUUUUGCUCGGUAUCCUUCUGUUAACUAUGGAUGGAUGGAUUCUUCUAUAACAGCUUUCUCAGGCAUCCGAAGAAUGAUGUCUAUGCAUUUCUUCUCUCUCUCUCUGGCAGAA